AUGCGAGGUAUAAUUCUACCAGGCAACUCGACUGUUGAAUUUCGAGAAGUGCCUAUACCACAACCAGGAAAAGGUCAAGUGCUAGUCAAAAUUAAGGCAUCGUCGAUUUGUGGCAGUGAUAUUCGCGCUAUCUAUCGUGAACAUUUGGGUACUGGCGAUGAAAAAUAUCGUAAUGUUAUUGCUGGUCAUGAACCUUGCGGUAUCAUUGUUUCUGUUGGUGAAUGUUGCAAACGUUUUCGCAUUGGUGAUCGAGUAAUUCUCUACCAUAUUAGUGGAUGUGGCUUGUGCUGGGAUUGUCAACAAGGCUACAUGAUUUCCUGCCAUUCACCAAACAUACGAGCAGCCUAUGGGUGGCAACGAGACGGUGGUCAUGCACCGUAUCUUUUGGCUGAAGAGAACACAUGCAUUGCGCUACCAGAUAACUUAACAUAUGAAGACGGCGCACUCAUUGCCUGUGGAUUCGGUACUGUUUGGGAAGCUUUAACACGAGUGAAUGUCAAUGGAAAAGAUCGCGUGUUAGUUACAGGUCUCGGUCCAGUUGGUCUAGCUGCUUGUAUGCUUGCUCGUGCGCUUGGUGCUCGAUCAGUUUUCGGCUCAGAUGUUAGUGCGGAACGGAAAGCACUAGCUAAAGAAUUAAAAGUGGUCGAUGAAAUCGUUUCAACGAUCGAUCAAACUCUAAUUCUAACUGACCAACAGGGUUGUGAAGUAACUAUCGAUUGUUCAGGUUCUCCACAAGGACGUCAUUUUGCAUUAGAAGCUACUCGUCAAUGGGGUCGUUGUGUCUUCGUCGGCGAAGGUAAAAACGUCCAAUUCGAUGUUUCACCUCUACUCAUUCAUAAACAAAUAACACUUUAUGGAUCAUGGGUAACUAGUCUCGGUCAUAUGACAGAAUUAACUGAACGUUUAUCACGUUGGAAUCUUCAUCCAGAUAUGAUCGUUACACAUCGAUUCAGAUUAGACGAAGCGGAACAAGCCUACAAGAUAGCAGCUGAAGGACACUGUGGAAAAGUAGUAAUUGUUUUCAAUGACGACGAAUAA